AUGGAGAGGUCGUCAAGUGUGGUGAAAUUAGCCGCUUCCCUUGUUUGCUUAAUUAUGGUCAAAUUGGCACCAUGGAUGGCUUCUGCAGCCCUUGUUCAGCGCAAGUUCACGAUUGGAACACAGAACGAAACUAGAUUGUGUAGCACCCAGACGAUUGUAACAGUGAAUGGACAGUUUCCUGGUCCCACUAUAGAGGUUCGCGAAGGUGAUAAUCUUGUCGUUGAAGUGCACAACAACGGGCCCUAUAAUGUGACCAUACACUGGCAUGGGGUCAAGCAGUUGAAAUCAUGUUGGGCAGAAGGACCGGCCUACAUAACGCAAUGUCACAUUACUCCUGAGAAUAAGUUUACCUACAACUUUAUAAUCACAGGACAGGAAGGGACGCUGUGGUGGCAUGCACACAUCUCAUAUCUGAGAGCCACUGUGCAUGGAGCAUUGGUCAUCAAACCCCGGGCUGGAAAGACUUAUCCUUAUCCCAAACCAGAUGCUGAGUUUCCCAUUAUUCUGGGCGAAUGGUGGAAUGCGAAUGUGGAAGAUGUAAUAGCAGAGGCGAUUGCAACGGGAGAGCGACCACCAGAGUCCGACGCAGACACCAUUAACAGCCAGCCAGGAGACUUUUUCCCUUGUUCUAAAAAUGAUACUAGUCGUAUUUCGGUUGCUAGUGGAAAAAGCUACCUGCUGAGGAUUGUAAAUGCUGCGAUGAAUCAUGCGUCCUUCUUCAAGAUUGCGCAGCACAAUAUGACCGUUGUGGCAGUAGAUGCCGUGUAUACCAAACCAUAUACAACCGAUGUGCUGCUCAUACAGCCAGGUAACACCAUGGAUGUGCUCAUAACAGCUGACCAGCAGCCAGGGCGCUACUACAUUGGCACCCGCGUAUACGAAAGCGCUACUGUUGGGGUGAAGUUCUCAGAGAUCCCUGCAACAGCAAUAUUGGAAUACAAAGGCAACACUAAUGCAUCUGAGCCGCUCUUGCCCAACUUUCCUCCAUUUAACGAUACGGCCUCCGCAUUCAAAUUCAGUGCAGCCCUGAGAAGCCGGACGCCCUGCGUUGCACAGACUGUUGAUGAGGAAAUGUUUAUAACAGAGGGAGCGGGGCUCGUUGACUGUACGGCCAGAUCUUGCCCAGAGUCCGGUGUAAGAAGCGUUGGAAGUUUUAAUAACAUCUCAUUCGUGGAUUCUCAGAUAAGCAUAUUACAAGCUUAUUAUAAUGGUACCGAUGGAGUGUUCACCAGAGAUUUUCCAAAUAUUCCUCCCCAGAAAUUCAAUUACACUGGAUACGUGCCCCAUGCACUUCGGUACCCCGAGUUGGGGACAAAAGUUAAAGUUUUGAAGUUCAAUAGCACUGUUCAGGUAGUGUUUCAGAAUACUAACAUCAGUGCAAUGAUCAACCAUCCCAUACACCUUCACGGCCAUGAUUUUUAUCUUGUGGGACAAGGCUUUGGCAACUACAAUCCCCAAACUGCAAACUUCAAUCUGGACAAUCCUCAGAUGCUCAACACCGUGGGAGUUCCUACUGGUGGGUGGGCGGCCAUCAGAUUUGUAGCCAACAAUCCAGGCGUUUGGUUCGUGCAUUGCCACUUUGAAUCUCAUUCUGCAUUCGGCUUUGCCAUGGCAUUCCUCACCGAGAACGGGCCGGCAGAUUCUGACAAAUUACCUGCACCUCCUUCCGAUUUACCCAAAUGUUAA